ACGUUCAUGUUUUAUAAAUCUGUCGAUGGUGAUAGUCCGAGUGCGGAUUCUUAUGCAAAUUCAUAUUUUUCUGAAAAUAAUUUAAAAAGUCGCACCUAAGCAGAAGUUUAUUUUGCCUGUUAAAUAUUAUGUCAGUCUAGUGAUAGUGGUGGAAUGGAAUGGGAAAGUAGCUCGUUUGGUGGAAUUUUAUCAAUGAAAGGUCAAAGUUUCAAACGGUAGAAGCAGAAGGAAACAAUCAAUUAGUAUGAAAUGGCUCCAAUUAAUACAAUCAGUCGGUCCGUCAAGUACGGCCUUCAUUAUGCUGCGUCUUGGCCAGGAGCCCCACUCUCAGUUUUAUGUAAACUCUUUUGGAUGAUCGUCCUUGGUGUAGGACAGACUCAUCAAUACAAUUAUAUAAUCAAGCAUUACAAAGUUCAGACUCUUAUAGAAAUAAUAGAUAAUAUAAGUAUUUGCCUGCCGUUUAGUUUAGUAUGUAUAAAAUUAGUUAUUGCUUGGACACAUCAAGGCCUGCUUCACAGUAUUUUAUCAACCAUGGAAGAAGAGUGCCAAACAUAUGCUGUUAUGGAUACAAAUAACUUAAUAUCGAAAACAGCGCAUUGGUGUUAUCGUUUGACGAAUAUUAUAAUAAGUACCACUAUAGCAUCCACGGUUUUUUACGUAAUCGGCGUUUUUACUUCCGAAGGAGUUAAUGCAACGGCACCUCGAGAACUUUUAUUAAAAAUGGAUUUGCCCUUCGAUACUAGCAAAUCGCCCACUUUCGAGCUUGUGAUAAUUGUACAAUAUUUUUAUCAAGCAUCGUCAGCUUUUAUAUUUGCUGUAUUCACAGGUCUCCUUUUGAUGAUAGUACUUCAUAUAGGUUGUCAAAUCGAUGUUAUGUGUCAGACAUCGUCAGCAAUUUCUUAUAAAAAUGAAAAGCAACUAAAGUUCUUCAUUAGCAGGCAUCAAGAAAUUAUUUUAUUUGCAGAGAAAAUUGAAAAGUUCUUUACUUAUAUAGCGCUUAGUCAACUUAUAACGAAUACUUUAAUUAUUUGUUGCUUGGGUUAUCUCAUAGUGCUUAUAAUACAUAUUGAGAAUGGAUUCCCUAUGUUCAUGAAAUGCGUUGUAUUCUAUAUCUCCGUUUGUUCGGAAGCAUUUGUAUAUUGCUUCGCUGGAGAGUACCUGAAUAUCAAGAGUAAAUUGAUCGCGGACACUGCAUAUGAAUUUCUUUGGUACGAUACACAUCCAAGCAAAAGCCGACUUUUAAUACCUGUGAUAUUAAGAUCUCAAAGAGGAUUUAGUUUCACUCUUGGGAAAUUUGCAAAUCUUUCCAUGUCAACCUUUGCGGCUAUUAUGAAAGCUUCAGGAUCAUAUAUAUCGGUACUACUUGCAAUGACCUGAGAAAGAGAUUCGUAAAUACUAUACAAUAGUUUAUCGUAAUUUACGUAUCUUAAAUUAAUUAGUAAAAAAUUGUUAUAGCACAGGAAGGCACAAUAUGUCGUAUAUGUAAAAAUAAAGACAAAAGAAAAUGCUAAA